AUGGAAUUGAAAAAACUGAAUAAAUUUACUUAUGAAUACAAUCUAGAGAAGGAGGAAAAAUUCAUUAAAUAUCUAAUAAUUUUUAGUAUAUGUGUGUUAUUUAUUUUUUAAUUCUUAAGUUUGAUUUAUUAUUGUAUUUAAUUACUGGAAUUAUUUGACAAAAAUUUAUAACAUAUAAAAUAAUUAAAUGGCGGAAUUUAACAUAUUGUAUCUAUUAUGAAGGAAUUACAUUUUUAGCAAGUAAGAUUAAUAAGUUAAAUUAAAAGGAGUAUAUUGUAUAAGAAUUGAAAUGCUUAAGAAAUAAAGUACUAUUAUUAUAAAAGAAUUAAAAACAUGAAAAAUAAAUCAAAAAUCAUAAUCAACCUAAAUUAUUACAACAUAAUAAAAAAAUUAAGAGUAAAUACUUAUAGAGUAAAAUUUAUAUAAGGCAUACAUUCAAGCAUCAUUUGGAUGAUAUUGAAAUAUUAAUAAGUAUAUAUUAUUUUAGCAAAUCAAUAUUAUGGAAUCAAUACAAGAGAACAACAAUUCACAAAAUUAACUAUAUAGAAAACAAUCAAUUGAUGGAUAACCAAUUUUACUUCAUUGUCUUUCUGGGGAUACUUCCUUAGGUGAGAUUCAUCCUUUGUCAUAAAGUGAAAAUACUACUCAAUAAUAAACCAAGAGAUCUAAAUAGGAUUCUAUUAAAAUAGAUUGUUGAUAUAAAAUUAACCAAAAUUUAAAAGUGA